GAGCUGUAAAGAAAAGUUGAGAAUUUGUUAAUAAGUUUCAUUUUGUUGUUAUUGUAGUUGCAGAAAUUUGAUAAAAUUUUGGUGAAGGGAUUUACAGAUUAAGCAUAGACUUGCAAAUGAAAUUUUUUGGCUAUUGCUAACAAAAAUAUAAUUUCAAUUUUAAAAUAUUUCUUCUAAGGACGAAGUUAUUUGUUUUUCAAAUUAUUAUGACCCGUACGGACAAUACUGAGCUUGGGAUAAGUUUGUAACGUCCAGAAAGAAACGUUGGAGUUCCUACAAAAUAUAGAUAUAAAUGAUCAGCAUGACACGACCUUUAUUCCACUAUCUAUCAAGAUAAAGAUCUUUUUAUACCCUUUAAUGUGAUAAUAAAUGUAGGAGUGAAGGGUAUUAUAGCUGAACCCGAAGCUAACGUUUUUACUUCAAUAUUUGAAUUUUUAAAUUUUAUUUCCUUCAACUAUAAAAUUCAUUUUUUCCAAUUAAUAAUCAUUAGCAGUUAUCAAUUCUGUUGUGAAAAUUUUGUAUUUGUAAAUACAUAUGUAUUCACUUGUCAGUUUUUAAAUUCGCAUACCUAGUAAGCUCGUUAAAGCUUCACUAAAUGUCACAAGCCAAGCAACAUUGCGCUAAGGUGGCUACGCUGGCCGCUAAUGGGAAAGACCUGUUUGAGAGCUCAACCGUAUCUGACUAAGCCGGAAUUUCCCAUUGUGAAUAUAAGCUCUGGCAGUGAAUUACUUAUCAACGAUUCAAUUCAAUUCUUUGCUGUGCUGUGCUGUGUUGUGUUGUGUACAAGUUUCAUAUCAAUGAUAAGUUCAAGGUUUUUCAUCCUUGUAAUUUGCAUACAAGGAUGCAUUUUUGCUAAAACGAACGCCGAUGGCUUGCCAAUUGCUGGCACUACAUUGGCUGCCACUACAGUUAAUGAAGUACCAAUAAAUCGCGCAAAAAGAGCAACAACAGGCGAUUUGGUAGCGCACAGUGCUUUGAAUUUCGCACAUAAUAUUGCCGUGCUACUAAAUGAGGAUAUGCAUUAUGGCAAAACAACGAUUUUCUCACCCAUAAGCAUAAUGUCCUCGAUGGUCAUGUUGAUGUUGGGAUCAAAAGGCAGGAGUUACGAAGAUUUAAGGCACAUCUUCGGCUUGGAUAUGCCACCAUUGAGCGAUGCAUUAUCUAAUGCAUUUCACUUGGAGUUCGGCGCCAUGUUGCAGGAAAUGCAAGAUAAUGCGAUAACACUGCAGGCAAGAAAUCGCGAUAAUUGGCGCAACACAAAUGUAGCGUAUAGUAUACGAAAUAAACCGAAAAUAAGCGCAGAAAAUGCAAUUAACAUGAGUAAUGUGAUAAAAAUCGUAAACGGGUUAUUCAUUAAAAGCGGUUAUGAAUUGAAUGCAAACUACCGAGAUGUUAUCAAUUCGAUUUACAAGUCUGACGUUAUACCACUGGAUUUCAAAUUACCGCAAGCACGCGAUUACAUCAACGAUUGGGUUUACAAAAACACUUUUGGCAAAAUAAACGGUAUCAUAGCGGACGGCAUACCCGCCGAUACCGAUGCCAUACUUACGAGCGCUUUGUAUUUCCGUGGAUUUUGGGAGAGUCCCUUCAUACAGAGUGCUACCAUAAUUGAUAACUUCUUUCCGGACGGUCCGCAAGAGCCACCGAUUAAAAUACAAAUGAUGGGCACAGCCGGCGCCUACCCUUACUAUUUUUCAGCCGAGUAUGAUUGCAAAAUAAUUGGACUACCAUAUGUAAACAACUUCACCAGCAUGUAUGUUAUACAACCGUCUUACUCGAGUCGUCAUAUCUUGCGUAGGCUUCUAAAGAAUCUUAGCGCUGAGAAAAUCGAAGAUAUGAUCUCGAAGAUGGUCUAUCACAAUGCCAUCUUCGCUUUGCCGAAAAUGCAUUUAUCACAGAAUAUUAAUAUGAAACAUGUUUUCCGUGCGCUCGGUCUGCGUGAUGUACUUGCGAGUGGUGAGCGUUUCAGUGCAGCGCAAUUUAAUAAUUUGAAUGAGACAACGUGGCCGCGUGGGAAGCGUAACGUCGUUUUUCCCACAGAUGGUACACCGACAACGGAGCGUUUUCCACAAAGUUUACCUCCCAUCACGGCGCAACAAAAUGCACCUAUCUACACAGAGCAACCAUUACAACAAGCAGCAUUCACCAAUACACAACAAUUAUUACAAAACAAUCCAGCCACCCCUACAGAGCAACUGUUGCAGCAGUGGAGUUUUAAGCGCAAUAGCAGCAAUAAUUUGCUCUCCGACCUUUCUGUGGGCGAUAUUGUGCAUAAGGUCGAUUUGGUGGUGGAUGAAAAUGGCACGGAGGGCGCCGCCGCCACGGCGACUUAUCUCAAACGCUCGGGUGGCAAUGUGCUCUUCCGCGCUGAUACACCGUUUUUGUUGCUAGUGCGUCAUGAUGCCACCAAAUUACCGUUAUUCUAUGGUAUCAUCAAUAUACCAGCACCGAGUUUUGUUUGAAAUUUUUUUGUAGUGCAAAAAACAAAAAAAAAUCAAAAAUUUAUAAAAAAAAAUUUA